CAUCAAAUUUGAUGAUCCCCAACGGGCGAUAUUGGAAAUUAAGAAAGAUCUAGAAUCAAUCCCGAGGAUCGAAUCGGAAAACGAUGUUCAUAAUUUGAAGAAGACCAAGGAAAUAGUAGAAGGCGCAAAUCUGGCCGUUAAGAAUUUGAAUACGGACGCCAUGUUUUAUACAAUUAAUUUGAUUCAGGCAGUGGCGGCCAAGUUUUAUUACAAGUCGCAGCGUCAUAUGCUAGCGAAGAUCAGAAAUUUCGAGCAAUUGGUCGACUACAUCGAUAAGUUAUAUGAUGAUGCUCUUCAUUAUGACUACAACAAGAUUCGUAAAGAUAAUGUGGCAAAGAAGCCAGAGCCUCCCAAAAGAUCAAAUAGUACAGCGGCCAUUUCGAUGUAUCAUUGCCUAAUCUGUGAGAAAUUUCACCGCAACAAUUUUGAAUGUUUAAAAGAUUAUGAUGUCAAAACAGCUGCCGAUCUUAUCAAAACAAAGAGAUUGUGCUUGAAAUGUUUGAAAAAGGGGCAUGUGAGCAAGAAUUGUCAUAUGUCUUCAAAGCUCAAAUGUGAUAAAUGUCCGCGUCAACAUGCUACAGAAAUGCAUGACGUGAUCAUCGAAAUGUUCCAAACGGAACCCAAAGUGAUCGCCGAAUCUAGACCAGUUACGGAAGAACCAACGGUUGGUAGCACAGCGGCAAUAUCGUUUGUUGAUCAUUUCAAAAAUGUUUUUGAUAUCGAAAAAAUGUCUAAGUCAGAAAAUCGACCGUUAUUAUAUGGAUCAUGUAAUGGAUUUCAAAGUCGUAUGCUGUUGGAUAACGGUUCCGAUAUUUCAUUAAUCGAUGAAGAUUUGGUAAUAGACAAUCCUAACGAUGUCAAUAAGAAAUGUACUGUCUAUUCUUCGUCACCGCUAGGGGAACCGAAACAAGCCGACGAAAGAUAUCGCUAGAAAUACGUCGAGCUGCCAAGAAAAUAUCGAUCGACUUGUUUCCAAUAAAAAUGUAUGAUAAAAAUUUAGUAAUUAUUGGAACUGACAACUUAUCGUAUUUUUAUGAUCAACAACCCGAUUUCUUGGAAAUACCAACGAUUUUUGGAACGAUUCGUUAUAAAGCGCGAAGAGAUUUCGCGAAUGUAUGUAAUGUUAAUAUGUGCAUCGAACCAACCAUCGAUUUGUCAAAGAAUGAAAAUAGUAUCGAUGAACCAAUUGUUGAAUCACCGGAUGAGGAAUUAGUUUUGGAAUCGGAACAUGAAUUAUUGGAUCUCGAAGUCAAAAAUGAAUUGAAUAUGGACGAAGUUGAAGUCGACGACGAUAUCAAAAUCGAACGAAAAGAUAAUGGUCGAUACGAAGCGCGUUUACCGUUUCUUUCCGAUCUUCGUCCUAAAGAAAAUUUUGAUAAAGCCCUGAUAGUAUUGGAUCGAUUGAUCAAACGACUGGUUAACAAGGGCAUGAAAGAUGAAUAUGAAAAGCAGUUAUUGGCUUACGUGAAUAAUGACCAAGCGGUUGAAGUGACCGAUGUUCAUGGUUAUUUCUUACCGCAUCAUCCGGUAUUCCGUGAAUCGGCCUCCACACCGUUACGUGUUGUAUUCAAUGGAUCAUUUGGCCUCGACGCUUUGAAUCAGUCGUUGUGGAAAGGAAACGCGCACGGUCUGGACGUUUUUGAUCAUUUAAUAAAAUUCCGUAAAGGGAAGUACGCCGUUACCGCCGAUCUUUCCAAAGCGUUUCUACAAGUAUUGAUACACCCAGACGAUCAACGAUAUUUGAAAUUCAUGUGGAGAAAUUCGAACAACGAAUUGAAAAUUUAUCAAAUGAAAGUUUUGCCGUUCGGAUUGAUUUCAUCUCCCGCCAUAUUGACAAAUGUCACAAAGAAAUUAUUGAGUGAUCAUGAUUUGGAAUCAAUUGCCAAAUCAAUAUACAUGGACGACAUAAUAUGGGCAACUGAUUCAGAAGCAGAAUUGGUGACUACUGUUCAAUUAGUCAAAGAUUGUUUUCAAAGUUCAGGCUUUGCCAUGCACAAAGUUCAUACAAACAAUGCCGAAUUAUCAUCGAGAUUCGAAUCAGAUUAUAGCAUCGAAUCCAAAGUUCUUGGCACCGUAUGGAAUGUCGAAACAGACGAAAUUAAGAGCGCCAUUCCAAGUUUGAAUCCUGUUCGUACGAAAAGAGAUUUAUUAUCAGUCAUUGGGAAGUUUUUUGAUCCUUAUGGAUAUCUUGACCCAUGGAAAUUGCGACUUCGAUUGAUCUAUCGUACGGUUAUCAAAAGUGAAUGGGAUGAUUUGCUUUCCGAUGAAAUCAUAAGUCAAAUUGAUGAUCAUGUGAAGGAUGUCAAUCAGCUAUCUAAUCUGAAAUUGCAACGUUAUUUACCAUCAGAUGGCGAAAUUCAUGGAUUUUCCGAUGCCUCAGCUAAUGCUUAUGGAUACGUGAUAUACGUGAAAAAAGAUCAUCAGUUGCAUUAUUUGUUCGGCAAAUCAAAGUUGACACCGUGCAAAGUAAAAACGAUAGUCGAACUUGAAUUACUCGCACUCUAUGAACUGAGCAAAAUUUUGUAUCGUAUACAUUCAAUUUUUCAAAACAAAAUCUCGAUUUGGUCUGACUCGAUGAUAAAUUUGCAUAGAUUUAAAUUAUCUCCAAAUAGUCAGAACCGAAACAUUGCGACGCAGUUAAUGAAGACCAUGAAGAUUAUCAACGACGUUGAUAUAUCAAUCAGACAUAUUGAAGGUCGUAAGAAUCCUGCCGACUUGUUUAGUCGAAUUGUGAACACUAAGCAAUUUUUGAAAAGUAUCAAAUUCGUCAUCGAUACAAACGAUUUGGAUUUCUCGGACAACAAUGUGUUCAGUGUCUAUCGAAUAUCAUCUAUAUCCGUUCGUAAGUUUGAAUAUUCCGAUCAAAUAGAAGAAUUUGAAAAACUAGAAUCUAUUGAUCAAAUUAUUGGUUUCGUUGAAAAAUUAUUGCCGAAAGGAAACACAGCCAAUGAUAGAUGGAAUUUAAUCCACCGAUUUGCUCAAUAUGGACAUGAUUCGAGUAAGUUAGAUUCGCCAUUCAUUGAAGGUGACAUCAUUAAAUUAAAAACUCGUGAUCCGGAAUUUUCUCCAAUUUGGAUACCAAAAGAAUCUCGUUUGGCAAUUGCUUUAAUAAAACAGCAUCACGAAAUGGCGAUGCAUGGUGGCAUUAAGACUACUAUGGCGAGUAUACAAUCCAUCUACUACAUUCCUAAUUUAUAUCAUAUGGUCAAGAAAUAUAUUUAUUAUUGUAAAUUUUGUCAAGUUGAAAAGCGAAAACCAGUCAAUCAACCAUUCGCUCCAUUGCCUUCGACCCGAACAAGCUUUGCCGCCCCUUUCCAGGCUGUAUGCAUCGACUUCUUUGGUCCACUCCGUUAUCGAAACGGAAAAAAGUUUUACGGUUUGUUAGUAACCUGCCUGGUGUCUCGUAUGAUUAAGAUAGAAGUCGUCAAUUCCCUGAAUGCUAAAGCUGCAUUGACGGCUUUGAACAAUAUUUUUCUGUUGUGUGGAACUCCCUUGAAGAUAUAUAGUGACAAUGGCACUAACCUGGUACGAUGCGAAAAGGAAAUUGGCAAAUUUUUUGAUUAUUUGGAAGAAAUCAGCAAAACCGAUAAUCGGCGAAUUGAUUGGAUAUUCUCACCACCUAACGCUCCUUGGUACAAUGGUACUGCUGAACGGUUAAUUGCCGUUGUAAAACGGUGUUUAAGGACUUUCGAUAAUGAAUUCAAAUCAAUGGAAGACGCUCGUAGCAUCUUUUUGAAAGUCGAGUCAACAAUCAAUGGUCGUCCAUUAAUUCAAAAUGACGAACGAUGGCUAUCGCCAUUUGAAGUCGCUUACGGACGUAAACAAGAUCCCUUGAUCAAUAAUAAUGUUGAAAUUGGGAACGUCAACAAAUGGAUUGACUAUUUGUCAACGGUUCGAUAUAAAUUUGAAAAGCUUUGGAAGAACCAAUAUCUGAAUACUUUGGCCCAACGUAAUCCACCGAGAUCUACGGACAUCAAACCUGGGGAUUUUGUCCUGCUUCCCACCGAGUAUCGUAAACGAAAGGAUUGGCCUAUCGCCAAAGUCAUCGAGUCCAUUGCCAGCGACGACGGUAUCGUACGCUCCGUCAAAAUCAAAUUAGUCGAUGAAGACAAGAAUUUUAUCCGUCCCAUAAACGGUCUCGUAUUAUUGGAAGCGGCGGGGGAGUGUCGUGAAGUGAACCCUGUUUAGAAGACAAAACUUUCCUGAGCAAGCGCAACUAGUUUUCGCGGUUUUUUGAUGUGGCUUGUGUGUGUGUGUGUAUUGUAUUAUCAUUGUUUUUGUCUUUCAAUGUUGAUACCACCUUUGAAUAAACAAUACGUAUUUUCAAAAAGAA